CUGUACCUAUAUAUCAUGUUAUACUCAUUAGAAAAUAUUUGAUACUAUUCUAUGAUACACUAGAGCCUCAUUUACUGUAAUAAAGAAACAUAUCUCCUAAUCAAGAUCGCCAAGCCCCGUAGCUCCCAGGCAGCAACAUCUAGACCAUCUUAAAUCAGCGCCUGUGCCCCCGGCUCAGCUCCAAGCGCCAAGCCGAUACCUAAACACCAACAUCUAUACUUUCACCUCCAUCAUGAAAUCAAAACUCAAAGAUAAGCUUCCGGCUUCAUCCAGCUUCGAAUUCCUAACCUACGAUCCUUCAGCCCCUCAACAAUCCCCACCAGACCUAUCCGUGAAAAAAGAUGCCUUCUGGAGCUACUGCGGGCCUCUCUUGACCUCAGAAGAUGACCUUCCAUCCAGCCUACAAGACUGGACACAAGCCGUUCUCAGCAACUCUCUCCUCCCGCUCCUCCUCCCCUUCCUCGCCUUCGUCAACGAGUUCCUCGAAGCAGAGGGGUUAGACCACUACUGGCUAACGAUCCGCGCCACAAAAGCGACAUCCCAAUUCGACAGACCGCGCUGGCACACCGACGACCUAUUCUUCAGCCGCGGCGGCAGCGGGCUCCGAGAACCCACUCUCCCUUCCUCACCCACAUCAUCCGGAAAGCAAACCAAAACUAAAACUAAACCAAAAUCCUUAGAACAGCAACUAGACCUCCAAACCUCCUGGAAACUCUGCGCCACGCUCCUCGGCCCCUCAACCCUCUUCAUCCCGUCCCCCUCCCAAACCCUCGCGCGUCACACCUCCCAGGCCACCAAAACCCGGCUUUCAACACCCCACCCCUGCACCUCUCUCCGCUGCGCAGCUUGCGCCGCGACUUCCGACUCCGUGCGCGCGUCGCUGAGUACAUCGCUUUCGGGGCUGGGUUUAGUACAGGCAGCAGCGGGACAGGUCGCGGUGUUUAGGAUCGGGAGUGAAGCCGGGGCCGUGCAUUCGGAGCCGGCGCUGAGUGGUGGGGAUAGGGUGUUCGUGAAUGUGGUGCCUGGGCGAAGGGCGGAGUUGGCGGGGUUGGUGAGGAAGUGGGGGAUGAGUUUUCCGCGGUCUUGGUGGAUUGCGCCGGGGGUGGGGAGGGAGGGGCGGUGA